AUGUUGUCUCUUCGACCCGACCGCCACCUUCUCAAUCCGAAGUUCGAGGGCUACAAAUUACAUCCUCUUCCAGAGGACGUCGUCUCACAUCAUGCCCUGAACUAUAAGCCAACGCAGUCCUCAGUAUCGGGCCGUGCACCCUUGUCUUUCCAGGAGGUUCAAAGUCGCAUUCGCCACAAUCAUCUUACCGUCAGUCCCGACUCUCGGGAGGCUGUAUACAUUGACAGCGAUUUUAAAGUUGUAUCAGUAUCAUUGCAGGAGGAUGGUUCACCUUCGUUCCGGGUCAUCCACGAGCUUCCCACUCCCAUGCAGACGUCCGCGUCUGAGACUUAUCAACGCGAAUACCCUUCCGCAACAUUCUUGACGCCCACAAUCUUGCUUGUCUCGGAUGGACAAGGCACACUGUACGUUCUGAGCAGCUCUCCAUCGCAGCAAACAGAGGUGUCGGCCAUCUACGAACUCCCUCCUUCAUUCUCGUCCGCGCCAUUCCGAAUCCAUGUCGCCACACAAACAUCACCAAACUCCGCCCUUGUCGUUUUAUCCGCAAGACAUCGUGAACCCGCCGCGACGAAUGAUGACGGUACACCGUACUCGGCAGGCGGCAGCCAUAGAACGACCCGGACCUUUUUCGACAUCUUCGGCGUCUCCCUCCAACUUCCCACCUCUGAGAGCAACUCCGAGGUCCUCCCAAUGACCAUAGCCUGGCAUAGGCGAGGCGAAGACGUCCCUCUAUAUUGCACAUAUCACGCACCCAGCAAAGCCUUCCUCCUCGCUGGUAGCUCCCCUUAUCGAGACCUCUCCGGCCCUCCUCCAACACCCGCGCACGAGCCUUCGCAAGACGAACUCGCGCCCGUACCCCGCGCAGAUGAGAACCUGGAUAGCUCAGGUCCCGAUUCUCAGCUAGCCAAACCACCUCCUUACGCGUGGACGCAAGAUUCAGAAGAACUGACCAUCGCGUUUCCCCUCCCGGCCACUACCCCAAAAUCCUCCAUCAACGUCCUCUUCACACCCCAGACUCUCACAGUUCACGUUCGAGGUGGACUCGUCGCCGGAGAGAUUCCGCUACCGAAAUACACCGCUGCAAGACUAUGGGGCUCGAUUGCUCCUUCGUCGAGUUUCUGGACUUGGGACGCGCAAGGCGAUCAUACCUGUGGUCUUCUCACGCUUCACCUAGAAAAACAACAUGCCGGGACACGAUGGCCACAAAUCCUGGACUCCUCCGUCGCAGACAUCGAAGUCCCCGAAACGCUCGACCCGUCUGAAUUAUACGCCAUCAGGGAAUCCCUCGAGAAAUAUACGACCGCGCUGCGCGAGGGUAAGGAUGCGAGUGGACUAGGGUUGGGGAGCGGGGUUCCGAGUUUGGCGGAGGGAGAGAUGGAUGAGGAGGCGGAUGCGGUGGUGGGGAGUCAGGUUUGUUUGACUUGGGCGGGGGUGGAGGAUGGGAGGACGCCGGAGUGGGUGGGGGAGGGACCGGAGAUGUUGAAUGUGUUGUCGACGCCGUUGCCGGGGAUCGAGGGCGGGUCUGAUGCUGGUAUGGGAGAGGGGAACGAGGUUUCGUUGGUGCUCAAGCACACGUUGGACGGGUUGUUGUUCUCCUUGGGAGACGGUGACGCCGGUCCACGGUGGAAACACGCAUCGACAUAUUCAGCACUAGCAUUCGUACUCGCCUCAAAACGGGACACCAGAUUCACGUUCCAUGUUUCUUCCGAAACCGUACUGGCAUUCGAGAGCGGGAGCGCUGCCGGAUUCGGAGGAAAUGCGUAUAUCUAUCGUGGUGUGGAUGGAAAGGGAGGAAGAGGGAAGGAUGGUCUUUGGGCGAAGCAGUCGAUAUUGAAGGUGGGAGGGGGUACGACGGGGGCGUUGAUGGGUGUGGGUGCGCUGCGUGCGGGGGAUGGGAAGGCGGUGAUUUUGUGUUUGUGUGAGAGCGAGAUAGUUUGUUUGAGGGAUGUUGUAUGA